UGCGGUGUGCGGACUGCGUAGUGCGUAGUGCACGGCUCGACAGUCGGACCGGUACCGCAUGUAGUGGUCGUUGUUCUCGCCGCGUGUUCAACUGUUGCCUUAAUUGCUGUUUAUACCUUGUCACACGUGUUAUUACGUCCGAUAAUAUACGCGUGCAUACUGCAUAAUAAAUAUUCAAAUUUUGAACAAUAACAUAAAUGUUUAUAUGAAAUUCAAACGCCACCAUCUUUAUCAAUAGUCUCCGACAGCAAUCGAAAAGUCCGGGGAGUAGGAGGGUUUUCGUUCUAAUAAGUACCGUCUCGCCACCGCGGUGAUCGUACCUCAGCCGUAGGUCAUUCGGUCGUCAUUUUUCCGAUAUCACGGUCACGUCCGCGAGGCAUGCUCGCCCGCGAACAACAGUGGCUGCCUUUAUGAGACUGUGUUUCGGCCAGUGGUGUAUCCCGUGGCCCGGCCGGAAUAGAACGACCACGAUUACCGGCGUGCCGACGACCGACGUGUUGCCUUUGCCGGAAGACUGCGAUUACGACAACGUCAGCGUUUCGUCGGCAGUUGACGUGUUGUCCGCCACCGAAGAACCAAUGACGCGAGCGCUGCAACCGUCCGAAGCGUCGUCGUCCGCAGACAUGGCGGCUUCAGUAGAUGCUCAAGAUUUGAAAACGUUACUGGAAGCAAAAGAUACUUUGAUUCGUAACCUGGAAACGUUACUUCAGGCCAGGAACAACGAAAUCCAAGAGCUCCGGUCCCAUUUAGACAUGUUUCAAAGUGUGUUUCCAUUCAGCAAUCCAGUUUCACCCACUAGUACGCUGCAUCAUUCUCACCACGUGGCGGCUGCUCCUGUUCAUCCACAACAAAGCCAAAACCUCGUAGCUAAAUCUCUUACGUCGCUUCUGGAUGGAAUAGCCAGACCACGUAAACAAAGGGCGCAAGGUAUAUCUGCAGAGCCUCAGAGUCUAAGUACCAUACAAGAACUGAGCCAGAAGAAAUUCCCUACUUAUCCAAAAAAUGACAGGUCUAGGGAAUUGAUAAAAGGUGCUAUUUUGGACAACGACUUCAUGAAAAACUUGGAAUCAACACAGAUUAGAGAGAUAGUGGACUGUAUGUAUCCCGUUGAGUAUGCUUCCGACAGCAUUAUUAUUAAAGAAGGAGAUGUGGGCAGUAUUGUUUAUGUUAUGGAAGAGGGACGAGUGGAGGUGAGCAGAGAAAACAAAUAUCUUAGUACUAUGACCUCUGGAAAAGUAUUCGGAGAGUUGGCUAUUUUAUACAACUGCAAGCGUACUGCCACUAUUAAAGACUUGCGUACCGCGAACAUCAUCGCGUGCGACCCCGACGGAGUGUCAUGUUUGGUCAUAGACCGGGAGACAUUCAACCAACUGAUUGCCGGACUAGACGAGAUACGCACCAGAUACAAAGACGACGAUGUCUUGGGUCGAAUGAGCUCUACAAACAAGGAGUUCCAGAACCUGAAGCUUUCCGACCUGCAAGUUUUGGCCACUUUGGGCGUGGGUGGUUUCGGUCGCGUGGAACUCGUCCAAGUAAACAACGACACAUCCAGAUCGUUUGCCCUAAAACAAAUGAAAAAGAGUCAAAUUGUCGAGACUAGACAACAACAGCACAUCAUGUCAGAAAAAGAGAUCAUGGGAGAAGCUAACUGUGAAUUCAUUGUUAAGUUGUUCAAGACGUUCAAAGAUCAAAAAUACUUGUAUAUGCUCAUGGAGUCUUGUCUUGGGGGAGAAUUGUGGACUAUACUGAGAGACAAAGGCCAUUUUGAUGAUUCUACCACACGUUUCUACACUGGAUGUGUCGUUGAAGCAUUUGACUACUUACAUUCUCGUAACAUAAUCUACAGAGAUCUGAAACCUGAAAAUCUACUUUUGGAUAUCACUGGUUAUGUGAAAUUGGUCGAUUUCGGUUUUGCUAAAAAACUACAGAACGGAAGAAAAACCUGGACAUUUUGUGGAACACCAGAAUAUGUUGCCCCCGAAGUGAUUCUCAACAGAGGUCAUGAUAUAAGUGCUGAUUACUGGUCAUUAGGAGUACUUAUGUUUGAACUACUUACCGGUACACCGCCAUUCACUGGAGCCGAUCCGAUGAAAACUUAUAACAUAAUACUUAAAGGCAUAGAUGCAAUAGAAUUUCCAAGAAAUAUCACAAGGAAUGCUAGAGUCUUAAUUAAGAAAUUAUGCAGAGAUAAUCCAGCUGAACGGCUUACUGAAGUACAAAAACAUAAGUGGUUUGAUGGUUUCAAUUGGGAAGGACUACGUAAUCGAACCCUUACUCCUCCUAUCUUGCCAAAGGUGCGCAGUGCUAUAGACACAAGCAAUUUUGACAAUUAUCCGCCUGACGCAGACAGUCCACCACCAGAUGAUAAUUCAGGAUGGGAUGUAAAUUUUUAAAAUGUAAAAAACAAUAAUUAUUGUUUGUCCACGUCUACGAUUUUACUCUAUGGUUUCAAAUUACCCAUGUUUUACAUUCUAGUUAUGUCUUACAAAUUAAUUUAGUCUUGUUAAUUAUUCAGUGUACUACCAUAUGGAAACAAAUAAUUGUUAGAUUAUUUGAUAUUAUUUUUCAAAUUUUGUUAACCAUACCAUUUAAAUUUUGUUUUUAUAUAAAUAAAUAUUUGUUAUAUCCCCCUCCCUUUCUGAUAGGUAUCUAUAGAUACCUACAUUUACGAAUUUAAUAUACAAUAAGUGCCUUUCAAUUUUCUGAACACAAUUUAUUAUGGCAA